AUGUCGAAACAGUGGCCUCACCCACUGGACCCAUUGACACCCGAAGAAAUUUACCAAGUUGCGGAUCGUGUGCGAGAUGCGUUUCCGGGAAAGGAUGCUUACUUUCGUGUCAUCACUCUGUCAGAACCACCAAAGGUGGAAAUGAUACCCUUUCUGGAAGCAGAACAUGGUGGUCAACAACCAACUUCAAUACCAGCACGUCUUGCUCUGGUGCAGACAUUCCUGGGUCCGAAGGACAGCAGUCAUUUUUACCAACUCAAAGUGGACGUCAACUCGGGCAAUAUUGUAGAACAGAAGCAACUGAUUGGCUGCCAUCCUCACGUCGACGCCAAUGACAUGCAAAAGGUCGAACGAGAAUGCCUGAAUGAUCCUCAAGUGCAGAGUGCCAUAAGAGAUAUGCAGCUUCCAGAUGGUGCUCAAGUGAAGAUCGAGCCAUGGACCUAUGCUACUGAUGGUAUGAACGACAUGAGCCAGAAAAUCACGAUGUGCUACUUCUACAUGAAGCUUAUCGACCAUCCCGAUGCAAAUCAUUAUGCUUAUCCAUUGGACCUCUGUGUUGAGAUGUCUGGAGAUGCUCAAGUAAUGAAAAUCUUCUACUUGCCUUUCGGAACGUCCAACGACAUCAGCACCGCAGCCCAGGCUUACGACAAGAAGAAGAUUCAUGGUUCGGAAAUCGAGUACCAUCCCGACCUGGUCAAUAAUCAUCGAACCACAACAAAGCCAUAUCAUGUAUCCCAACCAGAGGGUCCAUCCUUUGAGGCACAGGGAAAUUUGCUGCAGUGGGAAAAGUGGAGGUUCCGUGUUGGCUUUAACUACCGAGAAGGCCUUACUCUGCACGACGUGAGGUAUGAUGGGCGUAGUCUCUUCUACAGACUGUCUUUGUCAGAGAUGUUUGUCCCAUACGGGGAUCCUCGAAUGCCGUAUGCUCGCAAGGCAGCAUUUGACCUAGGAAAUGAUGGGGCCGGCCACUGUGCGAACAAUCUUCAGCUUGGCUGCGAUUGUCUAGGUCAUAUCAAGUACUACGACGGCUGGCAUACCACAAGCGAUGGAGAGCCGAUCAAGAUCCCAAACGCCGUUUGCUGUCACGAAGCCGACGACGGGAUUCUCUGGAAACAUACAAACUUCCGAACAGGCCAUGCCGUUGUCACUCGCUCAAGAAUAUUGAUAUUACAAACCAUCAUCACAGUCAGCAAUUACGAGUACAUCUUCGCAUUCCAGUUUGGUCAGGACGCCUCGUUGAAUUACGAGGUUCGCGCCACAGGGAUCGUAUCCACCGUGCCAAUUAGCAUUGGCGAUAAAGUACCUUUCGGCACGACUGUUGCCCCAGGUGUGAUGGCUCCGUAUCAUCAGCACUUGUUCUCGCUACGCAUUGACCCUGCAGUCGCAGGAUAUAAAAACUCGCUUGUCGUGGAGGAGUCGCGUCCAAUGCCCAUACAAGACCCUAAUAUACACAAUCCAUUUGGUAUUGGUUAUACGACGGAGUCGCAGAUCGUGCAGAAUGAAUGCGGGCUUGACCUCGACCACUCCGUCAACCGUGUGUUCAAGAUCGUCAACGAGGAUGUGAUCAAUCCUGUUACAGGCGGUCCGGUGGGGUACAAGCUCGCACCGUGCUAUAGCCAACUCCUUCUGGCGCACCCUUCGUCGUAUCACGCGAAGCGAUCCGAGUUUGGCGCUCAUGCAGUUUGGGUCACGCGACAUGACGACGAAGAGCUGUUUGCCGCCGGACAGCAUACUAUGCAAUCGAUGGGCGGGCAAGGCAUUGCGUCCUGGAUCAAAAGUCGGCAGGAGGAGAAGCAAGCCAGCAGUGUGAGAAACGAGGAUAUAGUCAUUUGGCACACAUUUGGCUCGACCCAUAACCCGCGAGUGGAAGACUGGCCGGUCAUGCCGGUCGACAAGAUGGCUGUCGGGUUGAAGCCGGUCAAUUUCUUCACCGCGAAUCCGGCAAUGGAUGUGCCCAUGUCAACGCAGGAGAAGAAUCAGAGUGUGCUCGUUGAUGGGGUGGCGCCGGUGCCGAUGAAUGGACACUGCGCAUAG